AUGAAAAAUUUCAUUAUAAAAAUGAAAGUACAAGCACCAACAUACACGAUGCCAAAUAUGCCUGUCAAAGAUAUAGUGGAAUGUCUGUCAGAGAGUGGAUUUAAUAUCUUGGCUGCAGAUAUAACACACCCAAAUACAGCUUAUAUAACCCGAUUAUAUGAAGGAAUUCUAGGGAUAUUCCUGGAGCACAGGAUACCAGAGAACUUAGAUGAAUCUACUUCUCUGAUUCUUGUAUACAUUCAUAUGAAGAAGUUUGUGGAGAGGAUAGGGAUGGGAACCUUCUUUCUAAUGGACAUAAUUAAGCCAGAGGCAGGCAGAACUGUAAAGAUACUCAGUGGGAUAGUUAAUUUCGCACUUUUCAAGGAGAGCAAGAGACACCUUCUUACAAAUAUAUACAGGAAGAGGGAAGAAAUUGAAAUGAUCAUUGAAGAGACAGAGAGGCACAUAGAGAAAAGUGAGCAGGUUCUCUCACAGAAAAGAGAAGAAAAGGGUCAGUCACUCAGGCAGAUAAAGAGUAUUCUGAAGGACAUAGCAGAGAAAGAGGCAGAAAUCAUAAAUUACCACAGGAUACAGCAAGCAAUGGCAAUAGAAACAGAAGAAAUCUCAAAGGAACAGCAGAAAUUAAAUGAGUCCAUCAGCAUGGAGAAGUGUGAAAUAAUGAAUAUCUCGCAGGAAAUCACAAAACUCCAAGCAAAAAUAGUCAAGAACCCAGAACAACUCAAAGAAUUACUGAUUGCCAUGAAGAGUCAACUGUCAGAUGAAGCAGAAAUAUUAAAGGAAUACGAGAAGAGAAUUUCAAUGUUGCACAAUACAAUAAAUAUGUUUCAGAAGGUGACAGAAGACUUAAAGUCCCUGAUGUGUGUUGUCUCUUUGGUUGGGGAGUACAGCAGGAAAUACUCAGAGACAGAACUGCAACUGAAGAGACUCCAGAAUGAAAAUGGUUCACUGGAGGUGGAAAAUAAGUCAAAACAUGCGAAAAAGCUCUUAUUGGAGAAGAAGAUAGGAUACAUUGUGGAGAAGAUGGCCAGCCUAACAGCAGAAGAUGCAGUCAGAAUGGAUGGAUUAAGGAAAGAAUUUGAAGCCCUCAGGGAGAAACACGUGAAAAUAUCCGAGCAAAGAGAACACGCACAGCAACUGAUUCAGCAAAAUAAUGAAGAGAUAAAGAAUCUUGAGAAGGAAAUUAUCGAGCUAGAGUCAGCACAUCAGUCCAGGCUGUCUUCCAUAUACAAUGGUCUUGUGCAGCAGAAGAACUUUCUCUCCGGGUACGGGGAAGAUAUUCAGAAGGUCUUCAGUGGAGAAUACGUUCUGUAG